CUUCUUCGUUUACAAAAUUUAAGCCCAAAAACACUCACACAGUCUCUCUUCAUCUCUUCAAAAUUGCAAAUCAAAUCCUAUUCAUUUGAAAAAAAUCUUCCGAUUUGUGGAAAAAACAGCCAAAUCUUAGCAGAAAAAAUUUGAAGAAUGAGCCGCGGAAGUGGAGGCGGAUACGAUCGACACAUUACGAUCUUCUCUCCGGAAGGCCGGCUUUACCAAGUUGAAUAUGCCUUCAAGGCCGUCAAGGCCGCCGGAGUCACCUCGAUUGGCGUCCGAGGGAAGGAUUCAGUGUGUGUUGUUACUCAGAAGAAAGUGCCGGACAAGCUCUUAGAUCAGACAAGCGUCACGCUUUUGUUUCCAAUCACCAAGUACCUUGGUUUAUUGGCUACUGGAAUAACAGCUGAUGCAAGGACUUUGGUGCAACAAGCAAGAAAUGAGGCUGCUGAGUUUCGCUUUAGAUAUGGUUAUGAAAUGCCUGUUGAUGUAUUGGCACGAUGGAUUGCGGACAAGUCUCAGGUAUACACCCAGCAUGCCUACAUGAGACCACUUGGUGUAGUUGCCAUGAUAUUGGGUAUCGAUGAAGAGAAAGGUCCUCAGCUUUUCAAGUGUGAUCCUGCUGGCCACUUUUUUGGUCAUAAGGCAACUAGUGCUGGCGGGAAAGAGCAAGAGGCUAUUAACUUUUUGGAGAAAAAGAUGAAAAAUGACCCUCAGUUCACCUAUGAGGAAACUGUGCAGACUGCCAUUUCAGCACUACAAUCCGUUCUACAGGAGGAUUUCAAGGCCAGUGAGAUCGAGGUUGGUGUUGUGAGGAAAGAGGAUCAAAUCUUCAAAGUCCUGUCGACUGAUGAAAUUGACGAGCACCUGACUGCAAUCAGCGAGCGUGACUAAUUUUCCAAUCCGAUCGGAUUUCAGAAACUAUGUUUAAUGGAUGGAUGGAGAGUGGAACACCUUCUGUUUUGAUUGGACUAUCAUACUGUAUUCAUGUCAUUUUAUGGCUUAUGCUUGAACUUAAUUCCUCAGUUGCAGUAUUUCAGUUGGUUUUCAUUAAAUUAACAGUCUAUUUCAGUCUCAAUGACAUCAUAGUUCCAUCU